AUGUCCAUACCUGAUUUAGCUGUUGAAAUAGUUAAAACUACAACUGAUUCAAGCGACGAGAAUGCUCGUACUAUUAUUAUAGUCGGAAGUAAAUCUGCGGGAAAAUCAACGUUAUUACACAUUUUUCUGGAAAAAACUGAUGUACCUAAAGAAACAUUAGUUUUAGAAUACUCAUUUGGUAGGAAGUCUUCCCAAAAACAAAGUAUAGAAAAAACAAUUUGUCACGUCUGGGAGUAUGGAGGAAGAUUGGAAAUGUUAAAAAAUGUCUUAUCUUCAAUUCCCGUGCAAGGAGCAUGUUAUUUUUGCGUUGUACUUGAUUUGAGUAAGAUUAAAGGUCUUUGGAAUACAUUGGAAAUAUGUGUUCAAGUAAUGAUAGAUAAUUAUAAAGAUGCAGCAUCUCUUCCUGAAUUAAUUAUUGUUGGAGGGAAAUAUGAUUUGUUUAAAAAUUAUGAUAGUGAAAUUAAGAAAUGUAUAUGUACAACUAUAAGAAGUUUCGCUUUACUACAUGAUGCAAAUAUAAUAUUUUAUUCGUCUAAGGAGACACAACUAGUAAAAAAAGCUAAAGACAUGUUUAAUAAUAUUGGUUUUGGUAAUGGCGUUACUCUUAAAGAAAAAAAUACAAACUUUAAUAAGCCUCUCCUUAUACCAAAGGGAUUUGAUACAUGGGACAAUAUUGGAUGCCCAGCAUCUACCAUAGAACAGAUAAGAGAGCGUCACUUUUCGCGUAUAGCGCCUGAAGCUAAAAUUAAAGAAGAUAUUAAACUCCUUCCGCGUAGUCAUCCUGAACCAAUAUUGGAUUCACUAGCGGCUCUGAAAUACGAAGAUCUUCGAAAUAUGGACUUAUAUGAUCCGUGUAUCGACAAUUAUUUAAGUUUGCUACAA